AUGGCGUUUAGAAAGGUCAGCGGUGAAUUAGAGGCGAGAGUGAUCAGAUGGUUUGCUUACACAUGGGCCGAAAGUGGGGCAUUGGACGAGGAGCACGUUUUGGCGUCCCUGCCCGAUAAACUCAAGGCCGAAAUAGCGAUUCGUGUACAUCUGGAUACAUUACGGGAAGUUGAGAUUUUCAAAGAUUGCGAGCCGGGAUUAUUGGAGGCACUUGUUCUAAAACUGAAACUUCAAGUGUUUAGUCCAGGUGAUUACAUCUGCCGGAAGGGUGACGUGGGUAAAAAAAUGUAUAUCGUAAAGCGUGGGCGAUUGCAAGUAGUGGCAGAUGCUGGAACCACAGUGCUGGCAACUCUAGGUGCGGGAUCUGUAUUUGGAGAAGUUAGUGUUCUGGAUAUAGCUGGAAAUCGAACUGGAAAUAGGCGAACAGCCAACGUUCGUGCUCUUGGAUACUCUGAUCUAUUUUGUCUUGCUAAACGCGAUUUAUGGGAAGCUCUGGCAGACUACCCAGAAGCCAGAGCCACUCUGACUAAGCGAGGUUGUCAGUUAUUACAAAAGGAUGGCUUGUUAGAUGAAACUGUUUUUGAAAGUGCAAAAACAACUCAGCUCAGCUUAGAAGAACAUGUGCGUAAAUUGGAAUCAACUGUUAAUCUUUUAAAUAAUCGCUUACAAGGACUAUUAGCGGAUCUAGGACAAGAACAAGCUAAGCUGAAACAACGAAUUACCUAUAUAUAUAUUUAUAUAUAUUAA